CUGUCUACAUAGCAAUUUUUAAGCCAUUGUCAAUUGUCAUUGCAGCUGCAAUGAGUGCUUUGUUCUUAGGGGAUGCUUUGUAUCUUGGAAGCGUGAUUGGAGCAGUAAUAAUAUCCAUUGGGUUUUAUGCUGUGAUAUGGGGGAAAGCAAAAGAAGAAGCAAUGGAGGAGGACUCCUUAGUUAGGAGCUUGUUAAUACCCUCUUCCAAUGAUCAGUUUCCUUUGUCACAAAAUACAAAGCUAUAAUGUCCAUAUGCUGCUACUUGAGCUAAAAACAUGCCUGUAGGAUUAAAUAAUCAACCAGUUAGAGAUAACAUCAUGUCCAAAAAAUAGGCAGGUUCAGGAGAAAUGUAAGAUCUGUUGUUCACAAAUGUAUAUAUGGGAAGAAAAUCACCCCUACCUUGUCUGAGAAAGUCUGUUGUCCUCAAACUAAACGCCACCAUAUCUG